GCCAGCCUGUCCUGACUUAAUCGAGCGCCACUCAAUCCACGCUUCCAUGAUACGUAGCACCUGAUGGUGUAUUAUCUGCUAUGAGGAGGCUUCUGAGCACCUGUCCACAUAAGAGGCCGACAUCCCACCCGGUAUCCUUCCUUAGCCAUGUCCAUUGGACCGGUACUGCACCUAUAAGUACGAAAUUACAUACGAAACCACAACCGAUCUCACACGAUGUUACCUUCCGGUCGAACCUGCUUUCGAAGCAGGAAUCUCAAAAGGUCCAUGCGAAUCCUUUCAAGGGAUUGCAAGGGCCUUCCAAAGGCUCGAGGAGGCACGCCAAACAUCCAAGAGAGCAAAAUAAGCCCAGACGAUCGAAUUUAAGACAUGGUCGUCCGAAUGAUACGACGACCUACACGCGAGAUGCUGUAAAAGCAAGAUUCACUGUCCCAACUACUGAAAGAUAUCCCAAUUUGGGUCCCAAGACAUUGAAAGAGAUAUUGUUACCAAAGCCGCUUGACCAGCUCGUAGCAGAAUACUACCAUGACAAACUUAUAAUCGAACUACAAAACAAAGAGACCAAUAAACGAAAUGCAAAGCGCAAAAUCAAACUCACGGCUACGAUCAAGACUUGGGACGACCAACAACUACAUCUCAUUGGCGAAGGACCCAACACGCAAGAUGCACGCAGCGCUAUGAAUCUGCAUUUGCUCUGCCUCUUGCACGAAAGAGGGCUCCUAACGCACUUCACUGAGAUACCUUUCGUAAGGAUGCAAGAUACGAACGGUAUGCAACCGGCGCUUGUAAACGUAUAUCAAUACGCUGCCCAGCUGGAUACAUUGCCAAACAUUGUAACGAAGAAGCCGAGUGAGGACACGAUGAGACGCGCUACAGCAGCUCACAUACAAGAGCUGUGGGAAACGAGAAUUGAAUUUGCGAAACAAGGUAUAACCGCCAUUGGCUUGGGUGAAACUACGUGGGCCGCUGAACAAGGCGCUGCUCUGCAUCUUGGAAAGCAAAUCCAGGAAUACUUCCAGCAGACCGGUCAAAAACCCCCGUCAAUGGAAGAUCCUUACACCCUGAAUCUUUCUACCAUUGACCAGUUCGUGACUUUCGCUAAUAAUGAAUUUCGCUCCCUGCUGACUGCUGAUGUUCGGAGAGUGAGUUAUCAAGAAUUUCCUGAUUCAUCAAGGAAGCCUCACGACGCAUGGGUAGCAGAAGCUUUUCUUAAUAAGUCAAGCAAACUUGGUAACAAAGUAUCUUUGCGCACAGAGCAUGAUGCCCGAAACGCCGCUCUCCUAACUGGAGCGAUCGCUUGGUGUCAGGAAAAGGACGGGCUUCGGAAACUAUUUGAGUCUACCUUACGCAACAACAAGGGAGUAAUUUUGCGCCAACCCCGUGACAUCGUACUUACGCCACGCCAUGACCUACUAUCUACAAUGGAGGAGCUAUCAGAGAGACUAAGGAGUGCAGGGCUUCUCAAGGAGACACAUGUACAAUCCUCAAGCACACCAGGACUGGAAAGCGCUGAGUACAAAUGGCAUACUUCAGCGCGUCCGAUGCUAAGCGACGACGUUCGCAACAAUGACCUGAAAGUACGUCUUGAGAACUAUCGUAACAUCGAAGCGACGUCCGAGAUGCGUACAAAAAGAGACGCGCUACCGAUCAAUCAACACCGUUCCAAGAUAAUGGACAUCGUAUCCGAAUUUUCUCAUAGUAUUGUCGUUGGAGCGACGGGAUCUGGGAAAACAACUCAAGUGCCUCAAAUGAUCUUGGACGCUGCAAUAGAAUCCGGGCAAGGAACUCGGUGUAACAUAAUAUGUACGCAGCCCCGAAGAAUUGCGGCGAUAUCCGUUGCUAAACGCAUUGCUGAGGAGCGCCAUGAGAAGUAUCAAGAUACGAUAGGACAUCAAGUACGCUUCAAUGUGAAGCCCCCAAGGGAAAACGGAAGUAUACUGUUUAGCACAACUGGCCUGCUGCUCAAACAGCUCCAGGUUGACCCCGAUUCGGUUUUCGAUAAGAUAUCCCAUCUUGUCCUUGACGAAGUCCACGAAAGAGAUAUGAUCCUGGAUUUCCUCCUUGUUGUACUAAAACAGAGCUUCCAGAAACGACAGGGAGAGGGAAAGCCUGUCCCCAAACUUAUACUCAUGAGUGCGACCAUGGACACAGAACUAUUUGCAGAUUAUUUCAAGGUGCAAAAUUUGGCUGGCGAAAUGGUCCCAUGUCCGUCCAUCGUUGUCCCUGGUCGCUUGUUUCCCGUGAGAAACCAAUAUCUGCAUGAAAUUCACAAUCUACUCAAAACCGAAUAUGGCAGCACUUAUAGCUCGGACCUUUACCGACUCUUGGAUGAACGAACUACCAAAGCGUAUCUGGAGAGCGAAUACGCAUUUGCAAAGAACCAGGCUAUGCCUAAGUUGUCGCAAAGGCUCGAUACGGAAGAUAAGUCGGUCGAUCGUGCAGAGGCAUUGAUACCUACAGGCCUCGCUGCUGCUACCGUUGCGCAUAUAGCCAAGAGCACUCAUACUGGCGCCGUACUGGUUUUCCUGCCUGGGCAUGCCGAGCAACUUGAAACGGAACGCCUGCUUACCGCAAAGCCAAUCUUUGGACUCGAUUUCAAGAAUACUGCGAAGUUCAAAGUCUCUAUUCUUAAUUCCCAAACUCCUUUGGCGGAUCAAGCCACGGUUUUCGACCCUGUGCCAGAUGGAUGUAGGAAAAUUAUACUGGCAACCAAUAUCGCCGAAACCUCUGUCACUAUCCCGGAUGUCCAGCACGUUAUAGACUCAGGAAAGAUGCGCGAGAUGCAUUAUGAUGUCGAGUCACGAAUCAGAGCCCUCCAGUGUGUGUGGGUUAGUAAGGCAAACGCAAAGCAACGAGCUGGAAGAGCUGGGCGUGUGCAAAACGGAAACUACUAUGGCUUAUACAGUACUGAGCGUCUCGACAGUCUGCAGGUGACGAGCACGCCUCAAAUUCUUCGCGCGGAUCUUCAAGAUGUUUGCUUAAGAGUAAAGACCCAUGAUAUCACUGGGACUAUAGCUGGGUUUCUGCAAGGAAUGAUACAACCCCCAAAGUCUGCGGAUGUUGAGAUAGCCGUCGAUCGACUAAUACAACUCGGAGCGUUGAACCACGAUGAGAGUAUUACGUCGUUGGGAAAGCUUCUGGCUGAUCUUCCCGUAGAGCCAGCUUACGGCAAGAUGAUCAUAUGGGCCGUCUUAUUCCGAUGCCUUGAUCCGAUUUUGAUCCUGGCUGCGUUGUCUAAUUCAAGGCCCCUCUUAAUGACGCCUACCGGGGCUCGGCGCGAAUGGGGAGUCGCUCACCGAAAGUGGUUUGAUGGUAGAGGUAGUGAGCAUAUCGCUGAAGUUAGUGCGUUCAAGCAUCUGCGGCGUACUAUUGCCAUUACUGGAGAGCACAGAGGAGGUCGAUUCGCGCAUGAGCAUUUCCUGAGUAAACUCGCCUACACGCACAUUCACAGCGUUGCCGAGCAGAUUGAGGACGUUCUUGUAAUGCACGGUUUGAUUCCGAAGACGCCUCCAUAUGCUCGGUAUAGAUACUGGUUUGGGGCAAGGCAGUUGAACGAGAACAGCCUCAUCGUUCCUAUGCUCAAGACAGUGGCGUUAGCCGGAUUCACCCCAAAUCUGGCCAUGCAUACACGCGGCAACUGGUUUCAGAAUCGGUUGUCGGACAAGGUGAUGGUGCAUCCGAAGUCACUAUUGAACCCAUAUUUGCUCAGAGGCCAGGAGACGGUAAAAUUGGGAUCGACCAUGUUCACCUACUCGUCGAUAUCCAAAGCGGACCAAUCUUCGAACGACCAACUGCAUAUCAACAAAUUGACGGAGGUUACGCCACUCAACGUUCUACUCUCCGGGGGCGAGAUGCAGCGCAACAAGAGAGCCUUCAACAAGCUGACAAUCGGUGAGUGGCUAGGCAUAUACGUGAAGCCCACAACAGAGGAAGGGGACAGAGUUAGUAAAGCAUUCUCAACUAUCUGCAGGUUUCGAGAGGAUGUUGAUCGUGCUUUGACGAUGUGCUUCAGAGAGAUGAGUCGUAUAUCCGCGUACAAUCUGAGCCCCGAUACCCCGGAAAACAAAAGAAUCUACCUAUCUGAUUAUCCAAUCGCCGACAUACUCGCGAAAGAUAUAUCCAGAAUCUUGGCGAACGAGAAUGUUGAGGUCAAAACUAGUUUUGUGACUGACGAUAGGAAAAGAGCAAACACUGGUCCCCAGACCGGAUUGAUGUUAAAUACCUCACAACCUAGGAAUGGCACUCAGUUGAACAACACUCGCCGGGACGAAUCUUCGAAGGGCUCGGUGGUGAGAAAAGUGGCAUAAUGGCCAUGGUAAGUGGCACCUGGAUCCUAUGUAUAAUAAGAGGCGAUCCUUUCAAUGUCACCGCGAUAGAUGUAAUUGUUGGGUUAUAGAUGUUGGGUACCCCAUAGACAUAUGCAUGUAACACUACCUUAGAGAAUACUGUAAAUACAACUCAUCUAUUCACGAUCGUAC